UGAGUGUUGUGUUUGUGUCCCAGAUGUCUCUGCUCUGUUGGAUGUGAGUGUUGUGUUUGUGUCCCAGAUGUCUCUGCUCUGUUAGAUGUGUGUCUGGAUGUGAGUGUUGUGUUUGUGUCCCAGAUGUCUCUGCUCUGUUGGAUGUGAGUGUUGUGUUUGUGUCCCAGAUGUCGCUGCUCUGUUAGAUGUGAGUCUGGAUGUGAGUGUUGUGUUUGUGUCCCAGAUGUCGCUGCUCUGUUGGAUGUGAGUCUGGAUGUGAGUGUUGUGUUUGUGUCCCAGAUGUCGCUGCUCUGUCCUGGAGACAAAGGUGUGCUGAUGGCUCAGAAGACCUGCCUGCUCAUGGCAGCUGCUGCCUCCCUGGAGCUGUGCAGAAGCACGCCACACUCCCCCCAACAGCCCGAGUUGCUGGCCGAGGUUCUGGAGCACAUUCAGCUCUGCUGGGACGUGUGGAAUACUCUGAAAUCAUCAGGAGAUUUUUCUAAGGACCCAACUGACGCCCUGCUUCUUCUGUAUGAGUUUGAAGCUCGUGCAAAGUUAAAUGACCCGAAGCUUGACACCGUGCUUGAGUCGGUGCUAGAGCUUGAAAAUAUUGACACCAAACUUCUUGAGACCAUUGCUGCUCUGGCCAUGGAGCCGCCGGCACACUUCCCUGUCCUGUGCAAGAAGGCCUUGAGGAUCGCCCUGUCCCUCCACAGGAAGCAGCCACAGGCCGAUCUGGCCCGCUGCAGUCAGUGUGUUCAUAGCCUGAUCGAGCUGUCGCUGCCACGUGGGGUGUGUGAGGUGGAGGCCCGUGUGCUGGAGGAGGUCUGGGGCUACUAUGAGGAAGCCCAGUCCAUCAUCACCAGCGCUCCUGAAGACUUCACUGAGCUGGAGGUGCUGUGGCUGCUGACCCGAGCCUGGAACACAGGCAUCCUGCUGUACAGCCUGGCCCAGUACUCGGACGCGGAGAAGUGGUGCGGUCUGGGGAUGAGUUUCCUGCCGCACCUGGGCUCCCUGCAGGAGAGCUAUCAGACGCAGAUGUCAGGCCUCUACAGCGAGGUGCUGGACCGGCUGGAUAAAGCCAAAAGAAACCUCGUCAUGGAGGAGUGAGUCUAUGCUGGAACAGGACCCGUGCUAAUGCCAUUGUUUAAUAAGUCUAUUUAUUGUUUGUGUUCAUGUGCUAUACAGUACUUUUCAGAUCAUAUCGUGUGUUGAUGGGUUAGGGUUGAUUUAAUCAAUGAGAUGUUUAAAUACCACUUGGUGUUUUAUAUUUAGUUAUAA